GAUUUGCAGUCGGGUGCUAACUGGGAUUUCAAUGACUAUAUGCACAUGGAAGCCCACUCGCUCCCUGACCAACAGGGCGAGCCCGCCUCGCCAUCCUCUCAUUGUUCUGUUGCCCAGGAACACGAAGAACCUACCCCGGUUGCCGGGUCCUCCCGCGCCACGAAGAAUACGCAAAAGGCCAAGACGUCCCCAACGAAGGCGUCCACCAAGGGGUCGCCCCCCAAGCAGCCGGUCCAGUGCGACUGGGAGGGCUGCGGGAGACGGUUCCCGCGGCUUACCGAGUUGAACAAGCACGUCAAAAAGGACCACCUGCCGCCCUCGAUCCCGUGUAAGGCUAGGGACGCCGCGACGUUCCUCGGCAUGCCCCCUUGCGAGAUGAUGUUCUACGAGAACAAGGACAUGUACCGCCACAUCCGCAACGCGCACCCCUUUUUUGCCGCAGACCCGACCAACGGAAUCUCGCCCGAAGGAGGCCACUGUCCGGUGUGCGGCGAAUGGGUCGCGCGGGACGACAACCUGAAGCGCCACAUCGACGAGCAGCACAAGGACAUGCAGAGGGGGGGGUCGCCGACGGGGUGGGUGACGGAUAUUUCGGGGAGGUCUUUCUGUUUUUGUUUGUUGUUUCGUUCUGCUUUUGGUGCUUUGGGUCUUUUCGCUUUGCUCUGUCUUUCCAAGUGUGUUUGGUUUGGUUUCUCUUGUAACUCGCCGUUUCUCGUUUUGGAUCGUCUUGUUCGGGGGAUCACGGUAGUAUUAGUUGUGAAUAGCAGCUUUGCGCGUCUUUAA